CAACAGCCUCUGAAUUACGCAGGACACUCGCCUGGAUUCUCUUCUUUUUCUUCCCAAAACAAAUCCUGAUUUCCCUUCGCAACUUCCCUGCUGGUUAUCACCCUAGGUGCUGUAGAUCGAUAUGAUGAUCGAAAGGGUAUGCUAGUUCAGAUCUUUUUUGAAGUUUUAUGUGCAAAAUGUCUGAGAGAAACGAGGGUUUUAAAGACCUUAAUCUUGUUGAUAACGAUCCAAAAGUUGAAGUAAAUGAUGAACCUUCUACCGAAGAAGUCCCAAAGCAUUUGGAAGAAGUCGAAGACAGUCCCAUGCCCUCGCCAGCUCAGGAGGAAGCAGUAAUCAAGAAAAAGUAUGGAGGAUUACUGCCAAGGAAAACCCCAUUAAUCUCAAAGGAUCAUGAUCGCGCUUUCUUUGAUUCUGCAGAUUGGGCACUCGGAAAGGGGUCACAAAAGAGCAAAGGACCUUUAGAGGCACUCCGCCCGAAAUUGCAGCCAACACCACACCAGCAAGCUCGGUCAAGACGGUCAGCUUAUGCUCCUGCAGAUGAAGGAGAAGACGAUGGCAGCCCAAAUCUAACGGCUACAGAUGAUCAAGGCUCGGAAUUAGACUCGAUUAGUGACAACAAGUGUCGUUCUGAAGAUGAGAACCAUCCGAACUAAAGCGUUUCUUGAUUUCGGAGACCAAACCAUCCCUCAGGACUUGAUUGGUAUCGAUAACAUUUGCUUGAAUUUUGCACCUAUUGUCUUAGAACCAAGAAACACAUAUAUUAUAUGUCUGAUGAUACCAUUGUUGUAUCUUGAGAGUUUUACCAUCUUCAGAAUGUUAUAUGUGGCCUCAAUUAUAUGAUGGACAAAAUAAACUUAUGUUA